GGGCAGGAAGUCACACCUUUUCCGCUUUGCUCGGGCGGAAGUUGCGAACACGUUGCUCGCGCAUUGCCUUCUCAGCCUCCAUUCAGUUUUCCUCCGUGAAGCUUCCGGGCCGAGGGGACCAGUCGGGACCGUAAACUGAGACUAACCAUGACUGAUACCGAGGUGAACCCCAAGGCCUACCCACUGGCUGAUGCCCAGCUGACCAAGACCAUCCUGGACCUGGUGCAACAGGCGUCCAACUACAAGCAGCUGCGUAAGGGGGCCAACGAAGCCACGAAAACCCUGAACAGAGGUAUUUCUGAGUUCAUCGCUAUGGCAGCGGACGCGGAGCCUUUGGAGAUCAUUCUUCACCUUCCUCUUCUGUGUGAAGAUAAGAACGUCCCCUAUGUGUUCGUGCGAUCCAAGCAAGCUUUGGGAAGAGCCUGUGGGGUCUCUAGACCAGUCAUCGCGUGCGCAGUCACCAUCAAGGAGGGGUCUCAGCUGAAGCCUCAGAUCCAGUCUGUCCAGCAGGCCAUUGAGAGACUACUGGUGUAAAUCCCACCAUGAAUUCAUGGCAGAAGCCUAGACGUCAAGUCCCUUUGCUAUUGUCAAGUUUAGUGAUCUAACAAGUUAAUGGCCUAGGGUGACUAUUUGUAGCAAAUCUUCUUAUGUGGAUUUCCAAAUUGAACCACUAGGUAGUUUCCUUCCAAACUAAACUUGUACUCGUGAACUGUUCCUUUGUUGCAAACUUAUUUUUUAUGCAGAAUGAGUGAUAUUAAAGCAAUAUUUUCUUUUCUCGAUUUGUAUUAUAUGUAUUUUUUAAUUAAAAAACAUAACGUGUAAACAUCAA